CAAAGGAGAGGCAAGCCAAAACUCUACAUGCCAUCGCUAAUCCCACGCCUCUUUCAAGCGCUCAUCACCUCAUUGAGUUGCGACUGGCCCUUUCGGUUUAAAAUCUCUUGAUUUUAUCCCUUCUACGUCGCCGCACCAGGAACGGGCGAACAGGCCUUAAUUAAUUAUUACCUGACCGAAGGUAUGUAGCUGGAGGAGCAAAUAAUUAAUCUCGAGUCAACAACCGAGGGUCAACCAUCGUUUUAUCAGCCAACUUGGCUACAUCUUGAACUACGCCGCCAUUUUUCAGGCCAAAACUCAAAACCAUUCGACACUACGCUGUAUUGCAGCAGCUGCAGCAGCUGCUGCAAAAGCAGCAAAAGCCAAAUCAAAGAUGGUGAUGCCGGCCUCCCGUAACGACAACCCAGAGUCGCCGCUGCUGCGCCUCCCCCCACCCCUCCGGCUUCGCAUCUACAGCUUCGUUGGUCUGGCUUCUCAAAACGGUCGUCCAUACACGUUCUACUUACGUCGCGUAUUAGGCCGUGGUGAUAUGCCGGGGCCGUUCUGGAACGAAGAGCAGCCAGGUUCCAUGGCAUUCCACGGUCUGUUGCUCUCUUGCAGCCGCAUCUAUCUCGAGGCGGCUGCUCUUCUCUACUCGGCCAACGAGUUUGUCCUCCAUUACGAGACCCCUGGGUCCCUCCAACCCCUUCUUGCCCUGACCCCACCGGUCCUAUCGUCCCUCGCCUCGCUCAAGAUCGUUCUCACCCAGACCGCCUGCCAUCACCCAGCCGAGAAAACGUGGGUCUACCUAGAUUGCUGCGUGCGAGGCUACUCCAAGCUUCACUGCAGACGAUUCCAUAUUGGAAUCCACCAGCUUCCGCUGCCUCACUCGCCCCCCGGAGCCGACAAUGACGACCCGUCAGCCGCAGCCACAGAUCUGCUGAGCGAGUGGCACGCGGCCGCUAGCCAUCUCUCAUCCCACAUCACCCCCGGACGCUUGGAGCUCGGUCUGGUUUGCGAUAUUGAUCCCCAGCACCAAGACGCUAUCGACCUGGCCAACCGGGCCCUCGAGCCGCUUCGUCAUUUACCGUUGCUGAGAGACUGCCACAUCCGCCUGUGCGAGACGCCAAAUCCGCGACUCAGCCGAUUGGCCCGAGAUGUCGUCAUGCAAUCCUGCGGUAUCACUCUUCCCUAUCUCGAGCCUGUCCCGGGAAAAACCACCUUCCUCACCCUUCCGCGCGAGCUUCGGCUCCGUAUCCUCGAAUAUACCGACCUCGUUACCCCGACCAAAGAGGUCUGGUGGUGUAGAAAAGACUUCGGAUAUUCAUGGUCAGGAAAUCAAGGUCGCUUGGCUUGUGUGGACCCGUGGCGCUGGGAGUGCCCUUACAAUUCAAUUUCUGAAUGCUGGUUCCGCAGAAAGACUCACGUCGUCACCAUGAGCGAGCGGUCCAUCGGCUGUUUUUGCCGCCGUCGCCAUGCCGCCAUUUCAACCACAUGCACCUGCUGGGCCCCACCCGGACCUGCCCUGUUUCUCGUCUCGCGCGCCUGGUGUCGGGAUGCUCAGCUUGUCUUCUUCUCGGCUAACCGUUUCGUCGUCCACGACCUCGAUAUUGCCUACCCUCAGUCGACAGAUGACCCAGGUGCCUACCCUCACUGGAAGGGGGAAAUUAUUGAUGGGGAUUACCCAUUCAGGCGCUUCGCCGCCUCCCAUUUUCUGCGAGAAAUCAUCCCUCCCCACUGCAUCGCCUACCUUCGCUUUCUCGAGUUAGUCUUUCCCUUUUACCGUCACGCUACCUGGCCGCAAACAGACCACCCGGCCACGGAAGACUGGCGGGACACGGUCGCCUGGCUGCGGGAUAAGAUCAAUGGGCCCGCACUUACCAUGAGGCUGUUCGUGACAGAAGAGGACGAAAUUCGCCCGCCAGGCUUGCCCCACACCGUCGCUGAACGGGACAAGGUUUACCGGGCAUAUAUGAGCAUUUUGCAACCUCUUAGGCAGCUGACCGAGGGGGCCAACGGUCUCGCCGGGUUUUACACCAACUUACAUGUUUAUCCUCAGAGGUGGAUCGAGAACGUGUCAGGCAUCAGGGCAGGGAAGAUGUGGGAGAGAGAACACAAAGCACUCAAAGAGAAGGCCGAACGUUACGUCAUGGGCGAUCGGUACGACAGCCUGUAUGCAAACGGCAGGGAGGAGCCGAAACUCAGCGUCUGGCGCCACGUGGAUAGAUUUCACUUCGAGUUCGAUCCAAGGAUGGAAAUCAGGAGUCCCCACACAGGAUUGAACGAGUAGACGACCAUCAAUUAAACACAUCAAUGAGAUUCGUUGUCAGGGGCCUAGAUACUGCGGCUGAAGAUGCCGCCAGCCUUUGUGCCGACUAACGUUACUUCGUGUGGAAUUAAUCAUAAUUACAUGAAGCGGGAAGAGCCGCUAAG